AUGGAGAGAGAAAUAGAGGGCAGUGAGAAUCAUGAAUGGAUUUCGGCCCAGGGGCAAUUGAGUCAUUACAUUAAAUCUUCAAAUUUCGAAAGGCACGUGAAACGCCUUUAUUUGAAAAUAGGACCUAGGGUUUUUCAUUUGGGGGUUACCAUUCUCAUCCUCCCAAAAUCAAAGAUCCAAUCGAAUUUCUUAAAUUAUCAUACAGAAAUGAGUGCAUCAGUCCAUAGAACCCCCAAAUCUGGGGGUCGAUCCCGGUUCUAUCAAGAUUUAGCAACCCCUGUAUCUUCUCGAAGAUCCACAGGAAAAUUCACAACUCCAGGUCAGGCAGCUGCAGUUUCGGCUCUGUGGCAUGAAAAUUUUGCUAAUCCUGAUCUUCCGCCUCCUCCAAUUUUCACCCUAGAAGACCGGUCUGAUUUUUCUCCAGAAUCUGGGAUUCCGGACUAUCCUGUGUCUCCAGAAGUAAAAUCUGAUUCUAGAACCCCGGUGCAGAGUACAGUCAGGGAGUUUUCAACUCCUAUGAGCAAGUCUGAGGCGAGCACUUCAUAUGCUGGCACAGUUAAGCAGCAGCAGAGUCAGCAGAGCCCUGUGCUGGGUUCGAGCUGGUGGUCGCCUGCAAAGAGUGCUGGCAGUGCAGAUCGAGUUGAUAAAGGAAAGGGUUCGCCUGUUGAAGGUGUGGUUCAACCCGGUGCCCUGAUCACACUUCCACCGCCAAGUGAGAUUCAGCGACCUGAAAUGAAGAAGAAUUCAGUAACUGCAAGCAACCUUGAUGAGAAGGAAUGGGUCACUGUCUAUGGAUUUUUGCCAGGUGAUACAAAUGUAGUUUUGCGGGAGUUCGAAAAAUGCGGGGUGAUUCUAAAACAUGUUCCUGGCCCAAGAGUAGCUAAUUGGAUACAUAUUCUGUAUCAGAAUCGAUCCGAUGCUCAAAAAGCCCUCAGCAAAAAUGGCAUGCAAAUAAAUGGAGUUCUUAUCAUUGGAGUGAAGCCUGUUGAUCCUACACAACGCCAGGCUCUAAAUGAGAGGCUUCACAAUCAAGGAUUUUUGCCAAUACCCCCGGCACAAUCAAGAAGGAACUUGGAGUCUAAUGGUUUUAAUGUCACACCUCAUCCAUACUCUCUUCAGGAUGGAAGUUCCAUUGCACGGCAAUCUGGUGGGACUGUUGCUGUGCCUGCCAAAUCAGCCGUGUCAAAAAUUAUGGACUUGAUAUAUGGUAACCUUCUUACUGAGCUCCCAAAGCACCCUAUCUUCUUAAGCCCUAACAAUAAGAAGUCUCUAACUUCUACCUUCAUAAACAGUCUCUCUUCCAUUAAUCAAUUCCUGGUUCUUACAAUUCGCCGGAUUUUGAGAGAAUAUGGCUUCAACCUUCGCUGCCUUGUCUUCUGUUGUUCAUCUCGAGUCAGGAGUAAAAAUGUAGUUCUGCGGAAAAGUUGUAAUCUUAAGGUUCAGGCUAUGGCCAAGGACUUGCACUUUAACAAGGAUGGUUCUGCAAUUAAGAAGCUGCAGGCUGGUGUUAACAAGCUUGCAGAUUUAGUGGGUGUUACCCUUGGUCCAAAAGGAAGGAAUGUAGUUCUUGAGAGCAAGUAUGGCUCUCCAAAAAUUGUUAAUGAUGGUGUAACUGUAGCUAAAGAGGUUGAAUUGGAAGACCCAGUGGAGAAUAUUGGGGCUAAAUUGGUGAGGCAAGCUGCUUCAAAGACAAAUGACUUAGCUGGUGAUGGGACAACUACAUCUGUUGUACUUGCACAGGGUAUCAUCACUGAAGGCGUUAAGGUCGUGGCAGCGGGUGCAAAUCCUAUUCAGAUUACAAGGGGUAUUGAGAGGACAGCUAAAGCUCUGGUGUCUGAGCUCAUGUCAAUGUCAAAAGAGGUUGAGGACAGUGAGCUAGCUGAUGUAGCUGCAGUUAGUGCUGGAAAUAAUUAUGAAGUGGGAAAUAUGAUUGCAGAAGCUAUGAGUAAAGUGGGCAGAAAAGGUGUGGUGACUCUUGAAGAAGGGAGAAGUUCCGAGAACAAUUUGUAUGUUGUCGAAGGCAUGCAAUUUGACCGUGGUUAUAUUUCUCCGUACUUUGUCACAGAUAGUGAAAAGAUGGCUGUCGAAUAUGAAAAUUGCAAGCUUCUUCUGGUUGACAAAAAGAUAACAAAUGCCAGGGAUUUAGUUAGCAUCUUGGAAGAUGCUAUCAGGGGAGGAUAUCCAGUAUUAAUAAUUGCAGAAGACAUUGAGCAGGAAGCUCUUGCAACCCUUGUCGUGAAUAAGCUAAGAGGAUCUUUAAAAAUUGCUGCUCUCAAAGCCCCUGGAUUUGGAGAACGCAAAAGCCAAUACCUUGAUGACAUUGCUAUUCUCACUGGAGGUACCGUUAUAAGGGAGGAGGUCGGUUUAUCCCUGGAUACGGCUGGAAGUGAGGUAUUGGGACUUGCUGCAAAAGUGGUACUGACCAAGGACACAACAACAAUUGUUGGUGAUGGGAGCACACAAGAGGCAGUAAACAAAAGAGUUGCCCAGAUCAGAAAUCUUUUCGAGAGUGCUGAACAGGAUUAUGAAAAGGAAAAGUUGAAUGAAAGAAUUGCAAAGCUCUCAGGUGGUGUUGCUGUUAUUCAGGUAGGUGCACAAACUGAAACUGAGCUUAAAGAAAAGAAACUGCGAGUAGAAGAUGCCCUCAAUGCAACGAAGGCAGCUGUUGAGGAAGGCAUUGUAGUUGGCGGUGGGUGUACCCUGUUGCGGCUUGCAGCAAAAGUUGAUGCCAUAAAGGAUACCCUAGAUAAUGACGAGCAGAAGGUUGGAGCAGAUAUUGUUAAAAGAGCAUUAAGUUAUCCAAUGAAGUUAAUAGCCAAGAAUGCAGGGGUGAAUGGCAGUGUUGUAAUAGAGAAGGUGUUGGCAAACGAUAAUCCCAAGUUUGGUUACAAUGCUGCAACCGGAAAAUAUGAGGAUCUAAUGGCUGCUGGCAUAAUUGAUCCCACAAAGGUUGUAAGAUGUUGCCUGGAGCAUGCGGCAUCCGUGGCAAGGACCUUUCUUACAUCUGAUGCUGUAGUUGUCGACAUCAAGGAGCCUGAAUCCGUACCUGCUGGAAAUCCCAUGGGCAAUUCAGGUUAUGGUUACUAG